AUGCUCACAAUGAACACUGCUAAGUCAACGCAGGUCGAAUACUACCUGGUUGAUGUGAACCCCGAUACCCAGCGGGCGACCUGUCUAUUGGACCAGGAGAAAGUGGUUCAGCAAUGGGAGAAAAGUGCCGCCAGCCAAAGCGAUCCCGUCACUCUUCAAUAUGAGGGGGCGAAAUAUGUUGUGGAAGCUACCCCAGCAAAGCCAUAUACAGGAGCCAUCCAAGACCUCAUGGCAGUCGAGAAGAACAUGAAACGACGACGUCAAAUCAUCAACAAUCAUUUGUCUUCGAAUCAGCACACUCUUUCCCUGACUUCCUUCCCUCGGGCAGGAGCUGAUUGUCAAUGGACGACGCCGAUGAGCCAAGGAGCAGAAGGACACUUGCUUUCCUCUUUACCGCGAUACCAAACUUUGCCCCAUAAUAUCCAUUCUCGAGGUAGGGGAGGCAAGAAGACAAAUAUUCCCAUUUAUCGGGAUUCCAAAACACCAACUCCAUUUCACGAUAUCUCAUCAGGGGAAAACAUCGAGAAUCACCUCUGUCUGGAUGAAUUGGAUGUUGGAAUCGGUUGCUGUAGUCUCCAGGUAACCGUUCAGGCACCGAACCUCACAGAUGCGCGGUGGCUGCAUGAUCAAACAGUGCCCCUGGCACCUAUUUUCUUAGCCAUGACUGCCGCAGUCCCCAUUUGGAAAGGCUAUUUGACCGAUACAGAUGUCCGAUGGCAACGAUUUGGCGACGUGGUGGACGAUCGCCGCCAAGAGGAGCUGGAAACCAUUCCCCCGCGCUGGACUUGGAACCGGACCUAUCUGUCUCCAGAAAAGCCGUCAGGAUUUGAUUGUUGUCCGACUCAGUUGAUAGAUCAAGCCAUCAGACAACGUCUACUGGAUGGAGAUAUGGAUGAAUCCUUGGCAACGCAUUUUGCGUCCAUUUUGUCUCGCGACCCUCUGAUCAUGACACCGGAGGACUUGACCAAAGACAACACUUGCAACACAAGAUUGUUCGAGCUCCUUCAUGGGUUCACAUGGUAUGCAGUCCGGUUGAAACCGCCAACCACCGACAACGGGCCAGGCUGGUGUGUAGAGCUCCGCACUAUGGAAUCACAGCUCACAGACAAGGCAAACGCUGCAUUCGCAAUCUUCACAUACCUGCUGUCUAGAGCCAUCCUCACGCUCAAGCUGAACUUCUAUAUCCCGAUCGACAAGGUGGGCGAAUCAAUGGAUAUCGCAAAGAACCGUGACGCCGUCCGCCAAUCGAAAAUGUGGUUCCGUCGCCGUGGAUGGCUUUCCGGCCAAACGCACUCAAUUCGACCUCGUCGAACAAUGUGCAAAGAGAAUGUGUGUGUGGAUGGCAAUGAUGCGAAGACUGCAGACGUUGCCCUCAUGACGGCCAAUGAGAUCUUCAACGGGGAGGAAGACUACAACGAAUUCCCGGGAUUAGUUCCCAUUGUCCGAUACUACUUGGAUCACAGCAAGAUGACUCCCAUGGAGCAGGCGAGGAUCGAACCCUAUUUGGAUUUGAUUAGCAAACGAGCCAGUGGCGAAAGCCCGACGCCAGCGACUUGGAUGAGAGAUUUCGUACGUUCACACGAGGAUUAUCAACAGGACAGCUAUAUGAGUGAGAAGAUCUGCUACGACAUGAUGCAGGAAAUUGUGCGGAUGAAUGAACAACCCUAG